AAGCGUGGCGGGCUGUAAGCUGGGCGGUGUGGAAGGAGCGCGCUCCUCUUGUGGCCCGCGCCGCCCCGUCCCGCCCGUUCCCCGCCGCAUCCCGACAUGUCGCGACGGCGGCACAGCGACGACAGCGAUGGUGAGCGACGAGGGCAGCCCCAUAAGAGGCGGAGGACGUCUGAGCCGUCGGAGAUCGAGGAGAGGCUGGAGGCGCUCAUCUGCCGGGGGGGAGAGAAGAGCAAUUCAUCCUUGGAGAGCAACUUGGAGGGCCUAGCUGGUGUUUUGGAAGCUGAUCUGCCAAAUUACAAAAGCAAGAUAUUAAGAAUACUAUGUACUGUUGCACGUCUGCUACCAGAAAAGCUUACUGUUUACACGACACUAGUUGGGUUGCUGAAUGCCAGGAACUACAAUUUUGGUGGGGAGUUUGUAGAAGCCAUGAUUCGUCAGCUUAAAGAAUGUCUGAAAGUCAAUAUGUAUAAUGAAGCUGUGCAUUUAGUUCGUUUUCUGUCCGAUCUUGUGAAUUGUCAUGUGAUAGCUGCACCUUCGAUGGUAGCUAUGUUUGAGAACUUUGUGAGUGUGACACAGGAGGAAGAUGUACCCCAAGUACGAUGUGACUGGUAUAUGUUUGCAUUUCUGUCAUCUUUGCCUUGGGUCGGAAAGGAGUUAUAUGAGAAAAAGGAUGCUGAAAUUGAUCGUCUGUUGUCUCAGACUGAAAGCUAUUUGAAACGCCGCCAGAAGAUUCAUGUACCCAUGCUGCAAGUUUGGACUGCUGAUAAACCACAUCCACAAGAGGAGUAUUUAGACUGCCUUUGGUCUCAGAUUCAGAAGUUGAAAAAAGACCGUUGGCAAGAACGACACAUUCUGAGGCCCUACUUGGCUUUCGACAGCAUUCUUUGUGAAGCGCUGCAACACAAUCUGCCUCCCUUCACUCCUCCGCCUCACACCGAAGAUUCAGUGUACCCGAUGCCAAGGGUUAUUUUUAGGAUGUUUGACUACACAGAUGACCCUGAGGGCCCUGUCAUGCCUGGCAGCCACUCUGUUGAACGAUUUGUAAUAGAAGAGAACCUUCACUGCAUCAUCAAGUCCCACUGGAAGGAGAGAAAGACUUGCGCUGCACAGCUGUUGAGCUAUCCAGGAAACAACAAGAUCCCCUUGAACUACCACAUAGUAGAGGUAAUAUUUGCAGAACUGUUUCAACUUCCAUCUCCACCACACAUUGAAGUCAUGUACACAACACUUCUGAUUGAACUGUGCAAACUUCAGCCUGGCUCUUUACCGCAAGUUCUUGCACAGGCCACAGAAAUGCUCUACAUGCGUUUGGAUACAAUGAAUACAACAUGUGUGGACAGAUUUAUUAACUGGUUUUCUCACCACUUGAGCAACUUCCAGUUCCGCUGGAGCUGGGAAGAUUGGUCAGAUUGUCUUACUCAGGACCUUGAAAAGCCCAAACCCAAAUUUGUGAGGGAGGUUUUGGAAAAGUGCAUGCGACUCUCCUACCAUCAGCGAAUAAUAGACAUUGUUCCUGCAAGUUUUUCUGUCCUCAGUCCUGCUAAUCCAGUGUGCAUUUACAAAUAUGGAGAUGAAAGUAAUAGGUCUCUUCCCGGAUAUACUGUGGCACUCUGUUUAACAAUUGCAAUUAAAAAUAAGGCCAGUAAUGAUGAAAUCUUCAGCAUUUUAAAAGAUGUGCCUAAUCCAAACCAGGAUGAUGAUGAUGAUGAAGGAUUUACCUUCAACCCUCUGAAAAUAGAAGUCUUUGUUCAGACUCUGCUCCAUCUAGCUGCAAAGUCUUUCAGCCACUCUUUCAGUGCCCUGGCAAAGUUUCAUGAAGUCUUCAAAACGCUUGCUGAAAGUGAUGAGGGGAAACUCCAUGUUCUGAGGGUUGUAUAUGAGGUUUGGAAGAAUCAUCCGCAGAUGAUUGCUGUGCUUGUGGACAAGAUGAUUCGGACACAAAUUGUUGACUGUGCUGCAGUAGCAAACUGGAUCUUCUCUUCAGAGCUUGCACAUGAUUUUACUAGGUUUUAUAUCUGGGAGAUCUUACAUUCCACAAUUCGUAAGAUGAACAAGCAUGUUCUGAAGAUUCACAAAGAACUGGAGGAGACUAAGGCAAGAUUGGCCAGGCAGCACAAAAGACGGGACAGUGAUGAUGAUGAUGAUGACGACGAUCGAAGCAGUGAUCGGGAGGAUGGACCACUAGAAGAGCAGAUAGAGCGCCUGCAGGAGAAAGUAGAGUCUGCCCAGAGCGAGCAAAAGAAUCUCUUCCUUGUUAUAUUCCAGCGUUUCAUUAUGUUGUUAACUGAGCACUUAGUGCGCUGUGAAACCGGUGGGAUCGAUGUGUUUACUCCCUGGUACAAGAGCUGUAUAGAGAGGCUGCAGCAGAUCUUCCUGCAGCAUCACCAGAUAAUCCAGCAGUAUAUGGUGACCCUGGAGAACCUCCUGUUUACCGCUGAACUGGACCACCACAUACUGGCUGUGUUUCAGCAGUUCUGUGCUCUGCAGGCCUGAGGAUUCUUCAGGGGCAGACUCUUGUCUGCAGGACUUCCAUGAAAUGAAUUUUUUCAAUAGGAAAAUGUGAUAUGGGGAUGCAAGAAAUUUUUUUGACUAAAACUGGCUUUCAUGUGCUCAUAUAUUAAAACAGUACUCUAACCAACAGCAAACUGUGUAAGCAUCAUAAGCCUUACAAGAUACAACUGAUAGGGGAUAGACAUGAAGUAAAGUAUGAAUUCUUAUCGUUGUCUUCUAAUUUGAUUUUACUCUUGACUUUAUAAUAGUAUUUUUGUUUCUCCCACAUUGUUUAUAUAAAAAUAAAAAUCGGGCAAAAAAAACAAACAAACAAAAAAAAAAAGAGAACCCAAACAAUAGAAUUUUACCUAUGCCUGGCCCUUAAAUCCAAGGAAUUGCAGAAAUGAGAAACAGUUCAUAGUGUUUUGUGAGUAUGAAAGGGAAUGCACCUUCUCAGUGAGCAGUGUGGUAAGCUCUCUAGUAUGGCACAGGAAAAAUGUCUUACCUUUGGGCGUGUGAAACACUUGAGUUAAGCUUUUAAAGUAGUAUAGAGCAUAUGGAUUUGUUUAUUACCAAGCCAGCUAGAUUUUCACCGUUUGAACAAACGUGGUUGUAAUACAAUUGAAAUAUGUUUUUUUAAAUGUAUUGUCUAGUGUCUUAUUACAGUAGCUAUAAACAAUCGGUAGAGGAACUUCCUGGACAACUUGUGAAAAAGGCAAUCCUUUCUGUGGGGUAUGGUGGAAGAACCCUGACCCGCUCCCGGCAGCGGCCUUCGCUAGUGAACACAGACAGUAAGCGAGAGCUGGUGGAACAAACUUUUGACUUCCGUACUGCAAGCCUUGCCUGGGCUUUGGGAUCUGCAGCCCCGGGUGCCAGGGGAGAGGGAAGGGCAGCCUUCAUCUUGUUCCUUUGUUCCAGCCUGUAACUAGUCAGGCUGCCAAACCUGCGCUGGCGACAGGCCUUGCCAUGCUGCCAGAAAUCUUUCUGGUGAUGAUGGUGGAUGAUCUGAGUGCCCUCACCUCACCUGGCUUAGUAACAACUGCUUUGCCGUGGCUGUAUCUGCUAUAAAAUGUGCUAUAAAAUGUGACAACAGCCUGUGGCUGCUGUGUCUUCGGAAAGCGUUUUGGUGCUAAAUUAAGCGAUUAUCUCACAGGCGGCAACUUAAGACUGGGGAGACACAACCUGAGAGCAGAGUAGCCUUAGUCCUGAGUUUUGCGAACGCCACCACGGCCACCCCAGCGCGGUCGGUCCGUGUUGGGGUGAGCAGUGAUGAACGGCAAAGACGCCGUCUCCGGGGCUCAGGUCCAUCGGCGUGCAGUGUCCUUCCAGGCUGUUCAUGGUCUCUUCCUUCUGCAGAUGAAUGUUUAAGUAACUUCAUACCCAGCGCUAUAUUCAGUUUAAGCUUAGAAAGUGAUGAGCUUUGAGUAAUUUUGUUCCUGUACAAGUUUGGGUUUUUUCAAGUAUUAUACCUAGUAAGGCAUUUCAUCCAUACAUUGACCAAUUGACCUCCUGAUCAAGCGAGGAGGGUGAAAAAUGGAACUUCCUACCUUGAAUGUUGACAUAAGUUUGUGUGUGGCCUAUAGCAACCCAGUUUGUCCUCAUAGACUUGGAUCUGUGACUUCUGCUUUCUCUGCUGACCCUUUCUGAUUUGACCGAUCCCUCCAUUCUUUCAGGGUAUACUGUUAAUUGUUGUAAACUGCUUUACGCGAGGGUUUUGUCAGGUAUGCGCAGACUUUUUGCUUCAAAUCUCUCUCUCUUAAUGUUCUUGAGUAAUCAAAUAGGGGGUUUUGUUGGGUUUAUUUUUAAAGAAACAUUUAAUACUGUAGAGGUUUUAAUUGGGGUUUAAUAGUUUUUUCACUGGCUCGGAUCAGUUAUCAGAGGUCUGAUAUUAACUAAUGGUGGGGAUCUAACUAUAAAUGUGACUUCUGUAAAACUGAUAAAGCAGUUAGAAGUUGGAAACCUGUAACUUCCUCUGAGCCUUGAUGAACGCGAGUGCUGGGGAUCCAGUUGCAAAUGCAUAAUCCUACGAUUUAAAACCAAAUAGUGAUGUCUUUUGGAAGUGAUUGGACUUUUAUGGUGAGCCUUGGGCUUUGAUUACGUGUCCGAGUCUGCUGGGCACCUUCCCCUCUCUGUAGGUUGCAGGGGCGUCCAGCUGGCUCGACGGGGAAACGGGUUGGCUCUGCAGGGGAGGAGGAGAGGCUUGCGUGGUGAUACCAGCAGCUCACUGAAGCGUGAGGUGGCGGAUAGCUGUAAAGAUGCUGUAGAAACGUGGCGUGGUUGGAAAAAAAAAAAAAAAAA